CAGGGUUUGAAUCACUCAGUUUAUAAUACAGUACAGCCACUGCUGCCAAUUUAUGUGCUUAAAAAUGACCACAUCUGCAAUUUUCAACCCUAGGCUUAUGUGAUCACAGUAAGUGUAAGGGGCUGUGACAUUUUAAGCCGCCCACUACUUUUUUCCCCACAGUGUUAGGUCAUCUAACAUUUAGCCUAGCCUAUAGAAAUUAAAAUAUAUGCCUACAAACAAACAAAAACAAUUAGUUUAGUCUGAGGUACACGGAGUGUAUUUAUCCGUUUGAUGUCUUGAACGCACCCCUUCGCUUUCUCUGCCCCAAAUGCGCAUGCGCGAUGCUGACUCGCUGUAAUCCUCUGUUAGGAAGAGAUUGCAUCUGCGUCCACUGCACUUAUCAGAGGGAGAAUUAAACCCAAUUGAAAAAAAUAGAAAUGUAAUGCAAUAAAAACAGCCCCCGGUGCAAAGUCUAACAGUGGGCCCAGGUUGGAGCAUUGCAGUAUGGGUAGUGAUUUAUUUCUAAAGCGACGACGGGGUUGAAGCGAGGAUGUCUCCUAAAGAAGUCAACGAGGAUCACCGUCAUAAAAUACCGGAAUUUUGAGAUGAGCGCACGGGAAUGGACCGGUCUGGAGACAAUGGAAUUUGCGUUUAAAAUCCAUUCUGGAUGAGAAUGUUAAGUUCCAUUUUCACGUUUUUAAUAAGCUGUUAUUUCGGCCCUGGCAGGAUCAGCCCCUGCCCUCUUCUGAGUUAGGCACUGGAAACUGGCACAUUGCUACAUUGUGGUUUGUUCUGAAUUCGCCUCUGUUUUGCGGCUCUCGUACUGACAGGAAUUCGAUACAUGGUUUAAAUACCUCUGCACACACUUGUUAGCUAGUUGGGGUUAAAUCGUAAUAAGCAAUGCUGUUUUGGCACGAACGGAAUCUGUUUAAUUGUCAGUAUUGACGCGGCUCAUUUAACAUCACUAUUAUUUAGUUUUGCAUAUGUAUAUAUGAGAAUGAAUAAUAUAAGGAAUAUACCUAUAAUUAUCUUUUCGCGUGUAAUAUAGAGUCUACAGUUUUUACAUCCAUGAGAAUAAAGAAUACAUGUGUAUAUACUUCACGCCUUUGUUGGACUCCUCACUCGGAAUGCACGAUUGUAGUUCCUUUGGCAAAGAUCCUUGCUGUGACAGGUUGGCACACAUAAAGCCUACUGUACAUGGAUCUACUGGGUGGAACAUCAACUGGAUAUUACUGAAAUAAACCUGCGAAAAGCUAACCAGACAAUCGUAGCAUACUGUACCGUAUCCUCAUCGACGUUUGGGACUUGAAAACAUAACCGGACUCUGCUAAGGUCACACCUGUCGAAUAUUUAUUAGAACUUCCCCUACAGUCGGGAGCCUUUGAGUUCGUCGCUCACACACGUAUUUGUUUAGUCUUCCGUUUUGAUACCAAAGUUCAUGUUUGUUUUCCUGUUUAAGUAGCUAUUCUGGAUUUUACUAUCACGGUCCACGGUAGCAGCUGUGGGCAAGUUUCGAAAUUUGAAAGAUGAGCCUGGGAAAUUUGUAUCAGAGCUUCGGUCAGUGUGCCAGCAGUGCCUGCUCAAGAAUCACCCAUCUUCUGGACAACAAAUGCUCAUGUCAACGGAGACUACAGUAAAAUAAAUGUGAUUAUUCGAUAAAGGUAUUCUGAUAUGUAUUGAGUUUAAAAGCUUAUUUAAAGCAACCUAAAUAGAAUAGCAUUUGUUGUUCAUGCCAUGGCUUGAGUUUAACUCAGUCUGGCUCAAGUCCAAAAAAAGCAGCACGUAGACCAAUGUCAGUCACUUUUCAAUUUUCCCGUUACUCUUUCUAUUCGUUAUUUUAUUUAUUGUCUCAACUCAGCCAUAUUACAUCAGACAUGUUAAUUGAAAGGGAUCCCUGUCAACUCUGCUUGUACCCAUUCCACUGCAUGUGCCUCUGCGUGACAAAGGGUUAAAGCAUGGUGAACCAGUCACGAGAUGGCACACAACUGAGGAACACUGCAACUAGUGCAGAAGAAAUAGUUGAAUGACACUCCAGACAACAUGGCCCAGAGAAUUAGUUAAGAGGCCUACAAGUCUACAACAGAAAAUUGGUACCCACUUAAAAGAAGAGCGUGUGUGCGUGUGCGUCUUUUUCCCUCAGACUCGGUGACGAAUUGGAAUCAGUGCUCGGGGCAACCAAUUACAGUUUAGAUUGAGCACUUCUCCGCGCUGUGGGAAAUCCACCCUGAUCUGGAGUUUGAGCCGGUGCUGUGUUCCACUGGCUUUGAUUUCCUCAUUAUUGCCUUUCUAUUACAUUUUUGGGGGAUAUAGCCAUCUCCGAGCACACUUGGAAUCACUUCACAGGAUGAAAACCGUCCCUUUUUGAAAUGGGGGUUGUCUCAAAUCGAGCCAGUUGGAGGUUUGCUAGGGCUGAGAACACAUGAGGGUCCCCCUUCCCCCCCGGACUCCUCCUCUCCACAACAACCCUGAAACUGUUAAGAUCGAAAACAUUAGUCGGCGACACUCCAUCUUCUUCCCGUCCCGUACGCUCGGCGCUUUCAAAGGGCGAUAACCCCGUUCGACUGGGAAAGUGAGCGCUUUACACAGCACCCCCGGCGAUGGGGAGUUCCGCCUCCUCCCUCACAGCCGAGACCGAAUCGGACCAUGGUUUCCGGAGCGGCCCGUAUCCCUCGUCCCCUCCCAUGGGUUGGCUCAGGAACAGCCACAGCAGCCCGGUGUGGGGAGCCACCUUCAUCACCCGCCAACAGCAGCCUUCGCUUCCGCACCGAGAGCGCAGCCACUCUCACUCCCCAGGCUCCAUGGCGGCUGCAGUACAAGGCAGCGAGUGGUCGUGCGGCCGCUGCACCUUCCUGAACGCGGGCGAGGCGCCACGCUGCUCCAUCUGUGAGGCGCCCCGGCAGAAGCCCGACCUGAACCAGAUCUUGAGGCUGAGCAGCUCGGAGGAGCAGCAGCGCUGGGCCUGUCCCCGCUGUACCCUCAACAACCCGCAGGGCUCCGGCGCCUGCACCGUCUGCGGCUUCGGACCGUCACCGGGCACCGCCACGCCGACCACCACUGUGGCCGCCACCAACGGCCUGCUCCCCCCGUCGCCGGAGCACCCGGCGCCGGUCAUGACUCCCGCUGUCCUCCUGGAGCCCCGCGGGCAGCAGCCGGCCAACGAGGAGCCGCCGAGGAGGUCUGAGAGCAAUGGGGAGGUGGCGAGCCCAGUCGUACCCGAGGGGCAGCAGCCGCAGCAGCAGACGGGCUGGGCGUGCCCCCGGUGCACGCUUCACAACACUCCCGUGGCGUUGUCGUGUUCGGCCUGCGGGGGACCAAGGAAACUGUCGCUGCCCAAGAUCCCCCCUGAGGCGCUGGUGGUGCCUGAGGUGCGCACGCCCCUGCCGGGUUUUCCCGUGCCCUCCGCCUCUCCGCUCCUCAUUGACUUGACUGACGACUCGCCCCCCGCCACCUCCUGCGAACCCCAGGAGCCCCCCGCGCCGCUCUCGUCCCCUUUCACGCCCUUCUCAUCUCUACAGAAUAACCCGGUGCCCCGCAGCAGGAGAGAGGUGCCCCCGCCGGGUCGGCCGCCCAACCCAAACCCCAACGCUCCCAGCCCCACCUCGCCGUCCGCGGCCUCCGCGCCCCCCCCGCCCUGCCCAGCCCUCCGCACCCCGAAGCCCAAGCUCGCCCAGCCCCAGGAGCCCCCUGUCCCCAACAAGCGCCUCAGUGUCCUGGAAGAAGAAGACGGUCCCCAUCACCCCUCCCUCGCCCCCGUCUCGUCCCCUCCCACCUGGAAGUGCCCCGGGUGCUCUCUGCCCAACCUAAACGGCUCGUCCAAGUGCGAGGUGUGCCGCUCAUCUCGAGCCGGCGCUGACCUCAUUGACCUGGUCGGCUGCGAGUCGGUGCGCUUCACUCCGGCUAGCCCGUCCAGUCCAGACUUCAGCACCUGGGCCUGCUCCAAGUGUACCCUCCGCAACCCCACUGGGUUGGCCAAGUGCACGGCCUGCGGCUCCUCCAAGCUCCAUGGCUUCCAGGAGCCCAGUUCUCGCUGCUGCCCGCAAUGCGGCCUCCCCGGGCCCUGUUCCUGCUCCUCUGCCGCCGCCUCCUCAUCAUCUGGACACAAGGCCCGAAAACAAGCCAGGGUCUACCCGGCGCUGCCGGCCGCCAACACCGCCUCCUCUUCCUCCAGCUCCGCCUCCUCCUCAGGCGCCCAGCCGCAGGAGAAGCAGUGGGGCUGUCCUGCGUGCACCCUGCUCAACGACGUCAAGUCCAAGAAUUGCGCGGCGUGCCACACGGCCCAGCAGUAUCUGCAGCUGCGCAAGGUAGCCAAGCCGCUCAAAAGGAGGGAGAGCAUGCAUGUGGAGGCGCGGCGGCGCAACGACGAGGGUGAGGCCAAAGAACUCUGGGAGAACAUCACCACCUUCUGUCGAGAGAACGUGGUGAACUUUGUGGAUGACAGCUUCCCCCCGGGCCCGCGUUCCGUGGGCUUCCCCGAGGGAGACAGUGUCCAGCAGCGAAUAAAAAAGUGGCUCCGCCCCCACGAGAUCAACUGCAACAACUUCAAGGACCGAGGCGUCAAAUGGUCGGUCUUCCGAACCCCGCGGCCCUCAGACAUCCUGCAAGGCCUGUUGGGAAACUGCUGGUUCCUGAGCGCGUUGGCGGUGCUGGCGGAGCGUCCGGAGCUGGUGGAGAGGGUGAUGAUUACCCGGAGCAUCUGCAAGGAGGGGGCCUACCAGGUCAGGCUGUGUAAGGACGGUACCUGGAUCACCGUCCUGGUGGACGACAUGCUGCCCUGCGACGAGUACGGAUACCUGCUCUUCUCCCAGGCUCAGCGUAGGCAGCUCUGGGUGGCCCUGAUAGAGAAGGCCCUGGCCAAACUCCACGGCUCCUACUUCGCCCUGCAGGCGGGGCGCGCCAUCGAGGGCCUGGCCACGCUGACGGGAGCGCCGUGCGACUCCCUCAUGCUGCAGGUCAGCUCCACCAACCCCCGCGAGGAACCCAUCGACACGGACCUGAUCUGGGCCAAGAUGCUCAGCUCCAAGGAGGCCGGGUUUCUGAUGGGGGCGUCCUGUGGAGGAGGAAACAUGAAGGUGGAUGACCUGGUAUACGAGUCGUUGGGGCUCCGCCCUCGCCACGCCUACUCGAUCCUGGAUGUGCGAGAUGUGCAGGGCUACAGACUGCUGCGGCUGAGGAAUCCGUGGGGUCGGUUCUCGUGGAACGGCAACUGGUCUGAUGAGUGGCCCGACUGGCCGCAGAACCUCCGUCACGAGCUCAUGGCGCACGGCAGCAGCGAGGGCGUCUUCUGGAUGGAGUACGGAGAUUUCAUCAAGUACUUUGAUUCAGUGGACAUCUGUAAGAUCCAUUCUGACUGGCAGGAGGUGCGCUUACAGGGCUGUUUCCCCAGCCGAGCCUAUGGUCCUGUUACGGUCACGGCCCUGACCGUGCUGGAGAGGACCGCGCUGGAGUUCGCCCUCUUCCAGGAAGGCAGCAGGCGCUCUGACGCGGUAGACAGCCACCUCUUGGACCUGUGCAUCAUGGUGUUCCGGGCCUCGUUCGGCAGCGGCAACAAGCUGACCCUAGGCCGGCUGCUGGCCCACAGCAAGCGGGCCGUCAAGAAAUUCGUCGGCUCCGACGUGAUGCUGGAACCGGGCGAGUACGCCGUGGUGUGUUGUGCCUUUAACCACUGGCAGAUGAGCGUCAGCGGAGUGGGGCCUCACACACCAGUGUCCAGUCCCACCAGUGCACGGCGUCCCAGCCAGGACUUCCCAGGGUACAUCCUGGCCAUCUACAGCUCCCGGCAGGUCAUGGUGGAGCAGGUGGAGGCCACCGCCACCACACUGGCCGACGCCAUCAUCCUGCUGACGGAGAACAAAGGGGAGAGACACGAGGGCCGCGAGGGCAUGACCUGCUACUACCUGACCCACGGCUGGGCGGGGCUCAUAGUGGUGGUGGAGAACCGCCACCCCAAGUACCACCUCCACGUGUCCUGUGACUGCACGGACAGCUUCAACGUGGUGUCCACCCGCGGCAGCCUCAAGACCAUCGACAGCGUCCCGCCUCUACACAGGCAGGUGCUGGUGGUGCUGUCCCAGUUGGAGGGCAACGCGGGCUUCUCCAUCACCCACCGGCUGGCCCACCGCAAGGCUGCGCAGGCCUCGCUAGGAGACUGGACCCCCACCAAGGCCACGCACAGCCCCCAGCUGACCCCCGACAUCGACGGGCUGCACCGGCCCCGGCCUCUAUGACCACGGCCCCCCUGGCGCAAACGCACACCUUGACACACACGCGUGCUGACAAACGGAGCAUGACCAUGGACAUGGAGAGAUGGGGGUUUUAGGGAGACGAUGACUGGACUGAGAACUGGGGUUUCCUCUGAAAGACAGUUCUGCCAAACACAACUGGAUUCAGUUUGGGGUGGAAGUGCCAUUUUGGAUGUAAAGGGUUGGGGGGGGGCCUCCCAGGUUGAGUUAGCAUUUAUGGGCGAAUAUAUGUGUUCCAGAACCGGAGAACCUUCAACGGACCAGGAAGGUUCUAGAUGUUGCCCGGACAGCUACUCUGCCUAUGAGCCAUGGCUAUUACAGAGACCGGCAUCCGUUCUCUAACCCCCGACAGAUGUCAGCGCAGGCCCAGGAGACAGACUAUUGACAUCCCAAAGGUCAAAGGGUAAAAGGUCAUUCAGCGGUCAGGAUGCUGUAACUACUGAGCCACCUCGUGACAGACGUCCCACUGAGCCAAUCCAGUAGCCCCGAACCCGACCGGCUGACCACGCUGUCCACAGAACACUCAAGAAAGAAGUCGCCUGGAGCUGAUGUCCUCAACGCUUAAACCUUACGACCUCCUGGACGCUAAAUGUUGCAUCAGCGGCUUGACCUAAGAGCUUUACGUCAAGGGCAUUGACUCUGCUGUGUGAGGUUUGGGAUGGUGGGGUAGGUUCUCUCCACCAGUCCCCAUUGCCAGCCUCCAUUUUCGGGAGCCUUCGACCAUCUACGCCAUGGUACUAUGUGAGCCAAAAUCCAACUCCCAGUUUUACCAGUCAUUUUACAUUCACCUUUUUCUUUUCUCUCCGAAGCCGUGUUGUCAGUGUCAGUUGUUUGUUUUCCAUUGAUUUUUUUUCCCCCAGCGUUCGCUGGUCUGUCGCGUGUUCACUUGAGUCGUUUAACGAGCCGCCAAAGGUACCACCUAAAUGUCACCUCUGUCAACUGUCCGAGCCUUCCGCGGCUUCUCUGCCAUUGAAAUGAUGUGUUGUUUUACCUCAAGGCUGUGCGCCUCAGAUGUGAGCUGGACGCUGUGUAAAGAAAUGUCAAAUCAGUGGGUUUCACCUACAGUUGUACGGUACAUGUAGCUGGAGUCUUCCGGUUGUUGUGUCACACUUUUUCUAGUCAUCAUUCGUUACAUGCGCUGUCCGUCACUCCUGUGGAGACAGCAGGUUUUGGAAGGUAACUGCUUUUCUUCGGUGAUGCUACAGCUGUUGUUUUUGAGCCCGGGGGAGAGAAAGAGCUUAUGUGGCAACCGACAUUUACAUUUUUCUACGCAGUUGUCGCUCCAGCUGUUUCGGCAUAUCUAAGUCAGUAUGGCGGUGGAGGAAGCGAUGUGAACCUCUUGCCCUUUUGUUUUUACUCCGUCUCCCGUGUGUUUGUUGCUCCUCAGUUCAGUGCUGAAGGAGGGCAGAGGUUCUUUUUUUUUUUUUCUUACGGACUUUGCACAUUCAGUCAGCCUGUCCGCUCCCAUUCGGUACAUCAUGUCUCACUCCCAGCGUCCACAUCAAAGCUUAUGGCCCUCAAGGUCCCGCCGGGAGAAUACAACAGGGGAGGUCAAUGGAUCGUUCUCUGUUGUCGGUAAGCCUGAGUCGUUCACCCGUGCUCUCCUUUAACCGGGGACCGCUAACUAAGGGAACUCUCGAAAAAGCCAUGAUUGUUUGGACACUGAGUGCAGUUGACUGAGCAUUGGAGGUAGAACCCGGGUGGUGUUCGUAGGGCGCAAAUGGACGAAAACGGAGUGAAACGGGUAGGGAAUAUCCCGACUUGGCCAAUAAGAAAGUAAUUUCUGUUUUCCGGGUGCAGUUUUAGUUGUAUUUAUUUGAAUGUGUUUGCCCUAAUGAACAGGACCCGGUGUGGCGGUGGAGUCGUGACAGCGGUUAGUUAGCGUGGUGCGUCAGCCUUUAGUCAACCGAGCAUCUGGAUUGCGGUCCCUGAGGGAUGCGCCAACAGCACAUUGGAGAACACACUCUGCUUUUUAAUUAGAAAUGAGAGGUUUUAUUGGACACACCAACACACACACACACACACUGAAUAAAGCAGACGCGCGCACUCAUUGACAGACGUCAAACACUUAAGAAGCCCCUGAGAAAUGUAGAUGCCAUGGCGGAAUGUAGCGUUUUCUUCAGUCUCUGGCAGUCUUGGUGCAUUGAGUGGCAAAUUUCCCAGGAGUGGCAAGGAGCAGUGGGGGAUGUGAGGGUAGCCAUCAGACUUAGCCUGGUUGACUGCACAGUCCGGUUUUAAAACAGACAUGGCCUAGACAACACAAAUCGCUGGGUUUGACAGAGAAAACCCUCAUGAAAACAAAAAGGUACUGCUUUAGCUUGCAGAGGUGCUCGGAAUUUCUAGCUCCUUAAGGGCAAGAAAUGACGUUAAGGUGGAACUAGUGACAUUUAUUUUCUGUAAUGAUGUAUAAUUGGGAAACUUGAAAUCUGGUGGCGGCAAAUAAUGUUGGCUGUACAGUCGAUUUGUUUAGGGUUUUGUUUUCUUUCCUUUUUCUUUUCUUUUCUUUUUUUAUUUCGACGUAAUGAUUUCCAUGUAUACUUGACCUUCCUCUGCAUGUGUUUGAAUGUAGUGUCCCAUAAAAUACUGGAGUAAUUGAAGAACACCUUGAGCUGACCAGGUCUUCAAAUUGUUCUAAACAUGGCAGUUUAGGCAUUUUUAUGACAUUAAAUAGCCCGACAGUGUAACCGUGAUAAUUAUCUCGUGCAAUACAACCACUCAUAACUCAAUUCAAAGCCAUUUGCUAGAUCUGAAGCGCGUUAUUUCAUGAGCGCAUCAAGCGCUGCAGGUGUUACAACCAUGUCAUUGUUAAUGUAGGUGAACGUCUCACAGAACAUCUCUCAAACAUGUAAACAGUUUUCAGGAGAAUGUAUUUUAAAUUUUUUUUGCUCUCUGUGGCCGCCGGUAAGUUGCUGUCUGUUCCGUGGGUUUUCGUGGGUUUAUUUAAGAAUGAUUUGAUCAAAGCACAAGAGAACACUGCUGUGUGGCAACUGUAAAACAUGAGGAGAUGGGAUCCAUGGAUGUAGGAAUGUAUACACUGUGGACAUGAGUACUGUGUCAGCGAUCGAUGGAGUGAUUGAUGAGUGAAAUUAAUGGGUGACAGAAAAAUAAAUGUUUAUAUAUUUUAGCCCAGUGGGACUGGCUUGAAACCUGCACUGAAAAAUCAAAGGCAUCUCAUAUGUUUUCGUCAUGAGGCUCUAUAUGUUGUGUGCUUACAUUUUCUUUUUAAAAAUCUAUGUUUUAAUUGAUGGUGUAACUGUCGUUUCACCGCUGUCUCUCCCUCGCUCCCCGGUUCUGUUGGAUCAUUCUAUUCAUCUUGCAUUGUGAUGGUACUGGUGACUUAACCGCCGAGCAAGGCUGCCCCCUGGUGUCUACUUGAGGCUAUGGCUAGAGGUGUUGACUUGAAAUCCCAACCCACUGACCAUUUACAGUCUAUACAGCCAACAGCCUUUUUCUUUGCAAGCUGUACAGACUCCAAUGUUAUAAUACAGACACAGCAAACUAAAUGAUUCACCAUCUAAAAAUGAAAAUCCAAUCCAACAUAAUGCUGUAAUGGAAAAUGGAACUUUUAUCUUUGAACAGGAAUGUGAUAUACAUAUAUAUAGAGUAUUUUAUUGAUUUUGGGGGUAAAUAUGUGUAUAUGUCUAAAACCUAUGUAUGUUUAAUUUUCAAUCUCAGGUUCCAAUGGACCAAAUAAAGCUUUUUAAUGAAUACAAAAUACAACUGUUUUUUUUCUUUGUCCUCUUUCUUGUGCAUCAGUUUUCCCUCCUGUUCGGUCUGAGAUUGUGUGGCAGGGGCAGAGAACGCGAUGACCGAGAACCAGGAGGUCGCGUCUGACUCCCUGACCCUUCACCCAUCACUAUCCCCCGCAGGGCUCUAACUACAGCCCUGG